AUGUCUGAAGAUGGUAAAGAGAGCUAUUUAAUGGCUACUAGGUCCAGAAGGAGCAAUGCCGGUAACCUCAUGGCAAAGUUACUAGAACAAGAGCGCCAACGCGAAUCUUUGGCUGUUGAUGUUGAUGAUAAUGAAAUUAACUUAUUAUUCCAAGAGGAAGAAGAUGAUAAAGAGUUUUUGAUUGAUGACAAGAAACAGGAAAAUGAUGAGCUUUUCAGUGACUCCGGCGACGAAUCAAGUGAUACCGGCGGGUCAGGUGAAGAAGACAAGGAAGAGUCUCGUAGGUCUGCUAAGAAACGUAAGUUAGCAAAACUCAUGAUACCCAGGGUUAAGAGUGCUGAUUCACGAAAGAAAGAUGCUGGUAAGAAAUUAAAGCCUUCCUAUGAGCAGCCAAAAGCAAAAUCGUUGCUAGUUAAUACGAGGCGAACAUCAUCAAGGUCUUCAGUUGUUCGAAAUAAGAUGGAAGUAUACGAAAAGCUUGCGCAGGCAGAAGUAAAGAGAAAAGAGAUACAGGAAAGGAUAAAGAAACAGCGACAGACUCAAUUUGAGGAGGCAUUGACUCAAGAGGAUCGACUGCGGAUUGCUGAGGAAACAGAGCGAAUCAACCUGCUUUCACUUAACAAAUACAAAGAACAGGAGGUUAGCAAGAAGCAGAGUAGACUAGCGAUGCAGCAAAGGCAGAAGAUGAAAUUUAAGCAAGGAGAGCCAAUAGUUACAUGGCUUACGACUCAGUGGAGCGUUACGCCGGCAAUGGAGGUUUAUGAUCAUGAAUAUUGGGAACAGUUCAUGAGUAAGAGGCAGAAGAAAAAGAGAAAGUACGUUAGGAGGAAAAGAGACAAUCUUGAGUCUUCAAAAGAAGAGGAUGCUGUAAAAACUCCACCUGCUGGUGAUAUUCCUUCUUCUAAAGGUACAAGCCCUUCAGUUGAAGGCGAUGAAGCUUCACAGUGCAGCGCUCCUGUUGAGCCACAGAAUUCAGCAGACGUAAAAUCUGAACUUGAUGUUCCAGAUUUAAAUGCUGCUACUAGCACUAAUACAGAAGAAUUGCAGCCAUCGGCCUCUUCAGCAGAGAAGCAUGAAAGCCCACCAGCUGCAAGUCCAUCGAAGCAAGACUCCAUCAACCCAUCCAUUGAUAUGGGGGACGUGGCACAGAACAGCUCUGAAAUACUUGCUGAGCAGGCCUCGGAAAAACAUAUAUCAUUCUUGGAAAAGGAUGAUGUUGCUAUUAUUGAUUCUAACGAACCACCUUCAAGCAUAAUUGUCGAUGAAACAAGAUUCAAUACCCAAGAAUCACAAAACUCCAGCACUUUGGAAUCACAUGAAGAUAGCAUCAAAAUUCAAGACGAGGUUUCUUUCCAGGAGUCGGAUAAUGGUAACGGAGAGGAGUUCAUAGAAUAUGAAGGCCCAGCACAAUUAGUGGGCAAAAAUUUCCUAUUGUUAAGCAUGUUCCCUGAUCUACCAAUGGAAGUAGGGAAUUCCAAUGCCCUGAAAUCGGUUUUAUUUGGUGAGCAAUGGUCAAAGCCGCUAAACAGCAAGUCUUUAAACGUCGAACCACUACUAAAAAUAUCAUGGGUAGCAGAUUCUAAUGAAAAAGAGCAAUUGUCUUUGAUCCCAGACUCAAGUAUAAUUGAUAAAUUCCCCUCAUUUGGAGAAUAUGACAAAAAACUCUCUCAAGAGGUAGUUGUUGCAACAGAUAAAGGCCUUAAGGUUGAUAUUCAGACUGAAGCACCCACUGGUGUGUUUCUACCUAACGGUAUUAGAAAGAAAUGUCUCAUUACGAAUAAAGACUCACAGUACUUUGAUCCAAAGAACGGUAUCCAAUAUGCAGAUGUUGAAGCAAUAAAGACUAUUCAAGAUAUACAAGAUCCUAUUGGAGAUGGCUCCAUAGAAAAACCGAACCCAAGAUUCAGGUGGUUUGGGUUCGGCCGAGGGGGGAUUUUCUUAGACGUACAACAAAGACCUGCAAAAGGUGUACCAGAAGGGUUCUUUCUAGAUCCAACAGAAGAUUAA